GCGUAAAACCGUUGUCUUUGUCAGAGGCUGCUCACUCCGAGGUGGUGCAUUGUGGAAGCGUGAACAUCGGGGUCAUCUGUGAUUUUUCCACACACGUUUCGGGCAUCUUUGACUCAGCAGGUAAGUCAUGCCGUCCGUUCCUUCUACCAAAGAGGCCGUGGUCAUGCCCCCCGUGUGCCCCCACUCUGCCAAGCUGCUCAGCCAUGCCAACGGAGACUCAAAACUCCACGAGGGCCCGUUCCCGCUGAACGGGGUCGACAAGCUGCACUCAGUUGAACCAGAAGAAACCAACAGGACCAUUCAGAUCAACACAAAGAAUGCCAGUCCUGAGAGGAAAUGGAUCCGGCCUGACCUCCCAAGCCGGUGCAAGUGGAGCCUGGGAGCUUCAAAAGCUGACAGUCCUCACAAACAAGUUCCACGAAAUGUUGCUCCCACCAUCCUCCCAAACAUCCUGCACAGGAUCGGAGACACUCCCUUGGUACGCAUCAACAAGAUCCCCAAAGCCUUUGGACUCAAAUGUGAAAUAUUGGCAAAGUGCGAGUACUUCAAUGCGGGCGGUAGUGUCAAGGACAGGAUCAGCCUGCGGAUGGUGGAGGACGCAGAGAGAGCUGGACUCCUCAAACCUGGGGACACUAUCAUAGAGCCCACAUCUGGAAACACUGGGAUUGGUUUGGCCCUGGCUGCAGCUGUGAAAGGCUACCGCUGCAUCAUCGUCAUGCCGGAGAAAAUGAGCAUGGAGAAGGUCGAUGUCUUGAGAGCUCUCGGAGCCGAGAUCGUCCGUACGCCCACCAGCGCUCGCUUUGAUUCGCCGGAGUCUCACGUGGGUGUCGCCUGGCGCCUCAAAAAUGAGAUCCCCAACUCCCACAUCCUGGACCAGUACCGCAACCCGAGCAAUCCUCUGGCUCACUACGACACCACAGCGGAGGAGAUCUUGGAGCAGUGUGACGGUAAAGUGGACAUGCUGGUGGCAGGAGCUGGCACAGGAGGGACCAUCACAGGCAUCGCCCGCAAACUGAAGGAGCGAUGCCCAAACAUCAAAAUUGUUGGUGUUGACCCUGAAGGCUCCAUCCUGGCUGAGCCUGAAGCGCUGAACAAGACUGACAAAACCCAGUACGAGGUGGAGGGCAUCGGGUACGACUUCAUCCCCACCGUGCUUGACAGAUCCGUAAUAGACGACUGGUACAAGUCCAACGACGAGGAGUCCUUCAAUAUGUCUCGCAUGCUGAUCAGAGACGAGGGCCUGCUCUGCGGAGGAAGCUCUGGGACGGCCAUGGCUGCAGCUGUGAAUGUGGCCAAAGAGCUGAAGGAGGGCCAGCGCUGCGUAGUCAUCCUGCCAGACUCCAUUCGUAACUACAUGUCUAAGUUCCUGAAUGACAAGUGGAUGGUGCAGAAGGGCUUCCUGAGCGAGGAGGACCUCAUGGUGAAGAAACCAUGGUGGUGGAACCUGAAGCUACAGGGUCUGAACCUGUCCGCCCCCCUCACCGUCCUGCCCACCGUCACCUGCCAGAAGACCAUCAAGAUCCUGAAGGAGAAGGGCUUCGACCAGGCGCCCGUGGUGGACGAGGCAGGGUUGAUCCUAGGCAUGGUGACUCUAGGGAACAUGUUGGCCUCUAUUCUGGCGGGGAAGAUCAGGGUGUCCGACCCGGUCAGCAAAGUGCUCUACAAACAGUUCAAACAGAUCCGUCUGAAUGAUAAUUUGGGGAAGCUCUCCCGCAUCCUGGAGAUCGAUCACUUUGCUCUCGUGGUACAUGAACAGAUCCAAUAUCUGACAGACGGCUCUCCCAGCCUGAAGCAGAUGGUUUUCGGCGUAGUGACGGCCGUCGACUUGCUCAACUUCGUCACGGGCCGGGAGAGGAGGGAGCGAUCCAUGUCAGAGUCCACGGACGAGCUGAACUGAACCACACACUUUCACAUUUCUUCCAUAAAGAUGAUAACAAAGGUUUAUAAGUCUUACAGAUGACAACAUAAUAAUCAUGUUAUUGAUUUACUUUUCCAGCUUUAUUCCACUUACAACAUUAUUGAUUCUUUUUGUAUGUUUGAGCCUGAGUCUUAAGGAAUAAUAAGCAAAAUACGGUUUACCAAUAACUCAACUUGUGAUGGGAUUACUUGAUUAUUUUACUUCUUAUAUUUGCUUGUAAUGCUCGAAGCAAAUCUUUUGUAAGUUUUAAGUUGUAGAAAGCUUUUAGUUUUGUAUCAGGGUCUUAAGUAGACGACUCUGUUUGUUUUUUCUGUCUGGAAUAUUCAUGAUUGUAUCGCUGUUGCCUUGUGUAUCAUUCAACUUCAGAAAUAAGACAGAAUUAUAUUAAAGCCACAUUCAUCUCAUCCAUCAAUAUAAGAUGUGUAGAAGGUUGCUGUAUAUACGCAUAUUUUUCUUGCAAGUGCUGCUUCUUAUUUCCUGCUUCCUCACUUGUGUAUAUACGUACACAAAACAAAGAAAAUCCAAACGGAGUGUAAUCAUAUUUUUUGAAAAACAGAAAAAAAAAGUCCUCUCCCUUUUAUUCUUCCGACACAUUGUCUUUGAUGUGACUGUAAAGUUGUCUUGCCUAUUUAAUCUUAGCUCUGUCUGAGAGAAACGUUUUGUAUUGCAUCAUUUUUCCUUAAUGAAUGUGUAUGAUUUUAAAUAAAGUUUAAAGGAACUCUCA